GACUAUGAAACGUGUGUUAUAUAACGAUUCUUCUCCUUAGUAAAUAGGUGAAGUACUUGUACUUGCGUUCCCAACAUAGAAGCGCAACAGGCACCGUUGCUCGACUGGUAGCACCGGGCGCCGCUCCGACGCCUCUCCGAAGGAUCGUUCACACGGGCGUCCUGCUCUUCCUUCCUCCUCCUCCGUGGUAGAGCCCAGGGCCCGGUGCCGUAGCUUCCCAAGGUGUCACUGCCGCCUAUGCCUGAAACGCCGCGAUGUUUGAACCGUAGGGAACGCAGCGGUGGUGGCGCGGGGGGUCGAGUGGAAGUCAGCGACGCAGUGGAAGUGAUAGCAAGGCAGAAAACAGCUGCAAAAUGCACAGGCUGCGGUGUGAAGCAGAGUGAGCUUGAUAAGGCAGUAAUUGUGAUCUUAGUUGUCAGAAGAGAUAAGCCAAGAUGACAAAGAGCGUUAUCUUACGUGUUCACAUGUUCCUUAAAAACUUAACAGUAUUUCAUAUAUUGGUGUGAUUAAGUGUUGACAUCAUGUAAGAUAUUGCGAUUAUCUGUAGAUACCUGCUUUUACCUAGGUGGAUGCGCGUACCAUGGAAUUCCAUAGACGGUAAGUUGUUUUAAAACGCCAAAGGCCACCUCUGGGAGCGACGCCGUAACCAUGGCAACGACCAGCUCGCCUCGAGGGAGCCUGAGCGGAGGGAAUAUAAAGCCGAGAACGUCAGAUAACGGCGACGCAAGGGCCAGGGACGCCUCCCCGCCCGCCCCAGGCCUCUCUACGAACCUGAGCCAGGGGGACGAGGAGAAUCUCGGCCAUGCCCUCUUCCUGAAAGCACUCUGGACCCCUUCUCCCCCCGCGACGCCAAGCAACUCCCCGGCUCGCUCCUGCUCCCCCCUGGAGCUUCCCGGGCCGGAGCUCUCCCUCGGCGUUCCUCGAGUCUCCCAGGCGGACCUCGUCGCCGUUACCGACAGUUGUUCCUUGACCAUAUCGCCUACGCACGUCAGCAUGGCUCUGGCUCCGUGUCCGCCGCUCCCCUGGCGGAGGGAAGCCGGACACGGGAUGGGGGGAAAGGUCACGGAGGGCAUGGCGGGAGGGGCGAGGGCCGGCGAGAAGGCCGCAGUCACUACAACGGCAUCUACAAGGGCAGGACUUCACCCGACGGCCCUUGCGAACUGUGCUUCGGAGCGCCAGCGACCCGGUGGGAUGGAAACAGGAUCUCCAGACGGUGUCUCGUCGCUCUCCUGCUCCUCCUCUUCCUCCUCUGCCUCAAAGUAUUCCUCUUCCACAUCCUUCACUACUACAUCUCCCAAAUCUUCAUUCUCUUCUUUCCUUUCCCCCACUUCCUCUUCCUGCCCUUUCUCCUCCGUCAGUGCCUCCGCCACACCGUCGUCUGCUGCUACCGUGACGACGUUCGCAGGAAGUGUCGCCCGGAACGCCGACACGAGGGGGGGCGCUGGCCCCGCGGGAAGCGACGAGCCCGCCCCGUGCUCGCCCGCGUGCGCCCAGCACUUCGCCAGGUUCGCGGCGGAGCUCACGCAGAUGAAGGACCAGCUCUUCGCGCUCUCUGUCCAGAUGGAAGAGCAGAACACCCACAUCACUAAACUCAUGGAAGAAAACAGGCGUUACAUCAGAGAAAAUGGGAAACUCAAAUCCAGGACGAGAGGCGGGGUUGUCAACAGUGCCAGCAACUACACCGAUGGCUUCAGCAGUGCCAACAAUUCUGCCCAUGACUUCAACAGUUCCAGCACCUACAGUGACGGGUUUAGCAACGCCUAUUCACAAGAGCCCAACGCAGGCGACUUAGAAGACAGACUUCUGGCACUGCAGUUGCAAAACAGCGAGCUCGCCUUGUGUCUCGAGAGGGAAAAGAGAAUGAGAAGGGAGGCGGAGACGAGGCUAGAGAGAGACGAAGGCUAUAUCAAGAGACUGGAAGAUAGUGUACAGACUCUGCGAGGCACUCGCGUCGUCAUGGACCCCAUCACCUACAGGCAGGUCGCCGAGGCCUACAUCGCCGCCCGCCGCCCGCCCGCACGCCGCCCGCACACCCACACCGGCGUCCCCGGCUCGCACCUGGUCUGCGACGGCUCGGCCGCUGAGCCCAACCAGAGGCUGUCCCACCCCGCGAUGCACACGAGUAGCACCACCUGCGAGUCCUCGUACCUGUACCCUUCGUCGUCGUCGUCGCAGGAGGCAGUCGAAGGAAGCCCCUCGCUGAAUGGCCACUCCAAGAAGAAGGGGCGAGCCUUCCCCCCGCAAGAGCAUCUCUCCAUAGGGCCGGCCACGAGCGUCAACGGAAGCAUGAAUCCCUGGGACUACCAGCAACUCCUCGAAAGCCUUGAGGAUCUCAACGGGGGAAGUCGCGGUGCUUUGUCCUGAAGGAGCCCUGUGACGCAGCUCGAUCCUACACCGAGUCCAGAGGAUGACUACAAUGACUCUUUUUCGGUUGCUUCUCUUUAUCUGGAUAUUCUGGAGAAAUAGUGAGAGAGAAUAAGAAAGGGACGUGGACAUAUGCGAAGAUUAUCUUUUUUACUCUGGCGCUGUUUCCCGAGAAAUUCAGCCGCUGUGGGAGUGAAGUGAUAGAAGGAAGAGAUGGGACUGAUAUAACGAUAAUAAUAACGAAAAGAGUUCCAUGGGAACACACUGCCAUGCAGAACGUGUACGUUUGAAUGUUGUGACAUCGUUGUCACGCCAUUUUUGCAGUGCCAUGCAGUGUUGGAACUGUUGCCAAGGAGUGUCUGAUCCUCUUUUCGGAGGUGCUAGACAUGAGAGGGGAAACCUGGGGCUUAUUUUGGUGCUGAUUCUCACCUCCAUCACGAUACUGGUGAAUGAUGCUCACUUAAUAUAAAUGUAUGUGCCUCAGUGUGUUUGUGUCUACAGUAAGACAUGAUAACAUAUAUCUCAUAUCAUGUGUAUAUAUGCAUUCAUCACUUAAUGUGUUUAUAUGCACUUAUUUUUUUCUCUAAACAUGUCAAAAACUUGGAUAUUGUCUCCCUCGUGAUUAUUACCUACUCAUUGAGUCAAAUUAGUCAAGAGUACCUAGUUAUGUGAUUCAGAUACAUAUUGAUGUCAGAUCUCUAAAGGACUUUCUAUUUCCUUGUGCCAAAAAGAACAAGAUUCCUUCGUCGGUGCUGCGUGACUUUUCAUCACAUCUUCGAAGGAUUGGUCAGGUCCUGAUGUAGAUCUACACGACUGUUGUGUUAUUUGCUUGAAAAUAUUAAAUUAUUGGAAAUAUAUAUAUAUUUUUUUGCCUUUUAAAGAUAUUCCUUAUUAAGGAAUGCCCCUACUGAUGAUGGUGCUGUAAGUAUUUUGGAAUUUUAUAUUGACUGAUAAAGAAACAUAAAUUUUUAAUGAUAUUAAAGGUAAUAGUCAUGAGAGCAAUAAAAGCUAUGUUAGUGAUACAAGGACCUUUCAAAUCCUAGAUUUUAUACUGCACAUGAAAAUGAACAGAACAUCGAGGCACAACUUUAACAAGAAUGUAUCAAGUGUGACGUGACUCGAAAACCUAUUUUGGAAUUUUGUUCUGCCAGUCGCCUCAGCAGAGAAAUGUCUGAACUACAGAUGCAAGCCUAUUCACAAGGGAGGUAUUUCGACUCCCGAUCUUAUACAUAAUUUCAUAUUCUAAAGAAAGUGAAACUAGUCAUUUCGAUUUAGACUUAUAUAUGUUAUAGAGUUUGGAUUAAAUCAAUUUAUAUUCCUUCAAGACUAUUGAAAAACACAUGGAAUAAUCCCAGUUUUUUAAUUGUAAACGUAAACGAGUUAUUUAGUUAAAAUAAUUUAUUUUUGCAACGAAUUUUAUUGAACAUGUUAGAUAUCCAGAGUGAAAAUCUAUCAAUACGUUUUCAAGUUCUGUUUGAUCUUCAUACUUCAUGAUCAUCGUGAUGUUUAUAAGACUUCGUAAAACUUUUUCUGGGCAUACAAUAAGUCUACGAAAUUCACACCUGUGAUUACUUGUGAAAUAUAUUCAAAAGAGAA